GCAAAGCCUAUCUCGACCUCUGUGACUGCAGUAUCCCGAACCAAAAACGACUCAUAGCAUCUGUAACGAUGGCUCAACCUAAUGUCAUGGUCAUGAACACCGGUCCCGAAAGGCAGACCGGACGAAAAGCGCAGUCUGCCAACAUCAUGGCUGCCAAGACGGUAGCGGAUGUCAUCCGAACGUGUUUGGGGCCCAAGGCCAUGUUGAAGAUGAUCUUGGACCCCAUGGGAGGAAUCUUGCUCACUAACGACGGACACGCCAUUCUCCGAGAGAUCGACGUUGCUCACCCUGCUGCCAAGUCGAUGAUCGAGCUCUCGAGAACGCAGGACGAGGAGGUCGGUGACGGGACUACAAGUGUCAUUAUUCUCGCUGGAGAGAUCCUUGCCCACUCGUUGCCUCUGCUCGAACGCAACAUCCAUCCGGUCGUCAUUAUCAAGGCCUUCUCCAGCGUCCUCGACUCUGCUCUCGCCACCAUUGAAUCGAUCUCGGUACCCGUCGACACGUCGUCAGAGAAGGAAAUGAUGGCUCUGAUCAAAACCUCGAUUGGUACGAAGUUCUCGUCCCGAUGGUCCGACUUGAUGUGUUCUCUCGCCUUGAAGGCUGUGAGGACCGUCGCCGAGACCGCAGAGGGUGAAUCUUCUUCAUCUGCCGGAGUCAAGACAGUCGAUAUCAAGCGAUACGCGAGAGUGGAAAAGAUUCCCGGUGGGGAGAUUGAGGAUUCCAAGGUCCUCAACGGUGUCAUGGUCAACAAGGACGUCACUCAUCCGAAGAUGAGGAGGAGGAUCGAGAACCCUCGUGUCAUCCUGCUCGACUGCCCUAUGGAGUACAAGAAGGGAGAGUCUCAGACCAACAUCGAGGUGUCGAAGGAGGAGGACUGGAACCGUUACCUCCAGAUCGAAGAGGAGCAGAUCAAGGCGCUCUGUGACAAGAUUAUCGAGUUCAAGCCCGACGUCGUCUUUACCGAGAAGGGAGUCUCGGAUCUCGCUCAACAUUACCUCCUCAAGGCCGAUCCUCCUAUCACGGCCAUUCGAAGGGUCAGGAAAUCGGACAACAACAGGAUUGCUAGGGCUGUUGGUGCUACUAUCGUCAACAGGGUCGAGGAUCUGAGGGAGUCUGAUGUCGGCACGGAUUGUGGUCUUUUCCACAUCGAGAAGCUGGGAGACGAAUACUUCACCUUCUUGACCGAAUGCAAGUCGCCCAAGGCAUGCACGAUCCUUCUCCGAGGACCCUCCAAGGACAUCCUGAACGAGAUCGACCGGAACUUGGCCGACGCCAUGUCCGUCGCCCGGAACGUCGUCUUCAACCCUACCCUCGCGCCUGGUGGUGGAGCGACCGAGAUGGCCAUCAGUGUAGCGCUCGCCAAGAAGGGCAAGGCUAUGGAAGGUGUAGAGGGGGCUCCGUUCAGGGCCGUAGCGGAUGCCCUCGAGGUGAUCCCGAGGACUUUGGUGCAGAACUGUGGUGGAAACGCUAUCAGGGUGCUGACCGAGCUCAGGGCCAAGCACGCAAACGGCGAGAACCACUACGGUGUUGAUGGAGAGACCGGCAAGGUCGUGGACAUGAAGGAGUACGGCCUGUUGGAGUCCGCAGCCGUCAAGAUCCAGACCCUUAAGACCGCUAUCGAGUCUGCCAAACUGUUGUUGCGUGUAGAUGACAUUGUGAGCGCAAAGCGACCAGAAGAAGGCGGUGGUGGUGGACAGGUACAGACGAUGGGUGGGGAGGGCGAGGGCGAGAUGCCCGAGAUGUAAAGGAUUUACGUCCAGGCAUCAAACUCGACAACAACCAAAAAAACGACACACCCAGGUUACGACCCGCUUCCUUUGUCUAUGUAGAUCACGAUUACAUGCGAAUUUCUUCUCGCAGCAGCAGCGAACAGCAAUUCUAUUAGCCAUCCUUGUC